AUGGUAGACGAGACAGGGGAAAUGGAAAAAGAAGUGAACUUUCGGAUUCAGUGUGGCUGGAACAAUUGGCGGCAAGUUUCGGGUGUGAUAUGCGAUAGAAGGGUACCAGUAAGAGUGAAGGGCAAAGUCCACAAAGCAGUCGUUAGACCUGCUUUGAUGUAUGGGCUAGAAGCAGCACCUUUGAAGAAGAUUGAAGAGAGGAAGAUGGAUGUAGCGGAGAUGAAGAUGUUGAGAUGGAUGGUGGGAGUCAACAGAACAGACCGAAUUAGGAAUAAGUACAUAAGAGGAACGGUGAAAGUAGUUGAAGUCUCCAAGAAGAUCCAGGAUUCAAGAAACCCAGAGAUCAAGAUUGAGGACUGCAGGCUAGAUGCUGGACGUAGAGGCAUCGUGGCUGUCUGGAGGGACUGUAGUGAGGGCAAUGGCAGGGGAGAACAGAGGGCUUACAUGGCCCCUGUACAUCACUGGACACUGUAUGGAAGCAGCAUUAACAAGACUCAUGGCAGUGGGAAAGAGUAA